CGCCCAGAGGGGCGAUGACGUUCCCGUAUUCCAGUUGUCGUAAAAAAACAUUGGUUGUUUAUACAUUUUCCGUAGUGCUUGCGCUGUUUCGUGCUCUUUUUAAGCGAAUUUAACACUAUUUCAACGCACAUAAAACGCAUUCAUCAUGAUAUCCGAUGUGCAGCUGGCCGUGUUCUGCAACGUUCUCGGGGUGUUCCUCUUCCUCCUGGUCGUUGCAUUCCAUUACAUAAACGCCAACAUGGGAAGCAUGCGAGGCGGUCCCGGAUCGAGACACAAAUGAACCAUUCCGUCCUAAUCCUGCACCUUUGCCCUUUCGCGCUUGGAAAACGACCGCAAAACCACACUGGACCGUAUCCAACAGCAAACUGCAUCAGUUUCAUUAAUGCAAAACGUUUCACAAAAUGUGAACCCGUAACAAUUCCUUCUCUCAUCCCCGCGGUCAAGAAAAACAAAAUGAACAAAUAAAAUCUCCCUUAAAUAAAAUGAACAACUACA